ACACAACUCAUAUCACAAUCAGAUUUUUCUUUUUCAAUAUUUUUAUUCUUUCAUUCUUUUUAUUCAUAUAUUUCUGUCGAUUCAGUGAUUAAUUACUUAACAUUUGUUAUUUCUCUUUCAACAAAUUUAGGUCAAAAUAUGGUUUCAGAACCGGAGGACCAAAUGGAAGAAACAGGACGGCAUCUCCAACACAGAGGCCGCCGAUUAUAAGGUCGGCGCUGAUAAACGACCCAAAGACCAGUCGACCG